CAUGACAGCAGCUGCGAGACUACUACCAUUUGAACACCUGCCCUGUACAGCCCACUGUGUGCAAAGAACUGUAACUGUUUCUCUUCACGACUGUGGAUUAGAUAGUAUCUUGGCCAAAUGUCGCAAAAUUGUUGGGCACUUUAAGCACAGUCCAUCAAAUGCUCAGGAAUUAGGAGAACAGUAAGUUGCACAUGGACAGAAGCAAGAACCGCUUGUACAGGACGUCCCAACCAGGUGGAAUUCUACCUUAGAGAUGGUCAGGCGGAUCCUGCGAAACAGAUUGCCACUGUCCACUACUCUGUCUCAGCAGAACAGCAAAAUUGCCAUGUUGACAUCGCAGGAGCUUGCUAAACUGCAAAAGGUUGAAGAACUACUUGAACCUUGCAGAAAUGUGACCAAACUCCUAGGGGGCGAGCAGUACAUUUCUUGUUCAGUGGUGUUACCAGCAUUUUGCCACUUGUUCCGGGUUAUGGAGCCAUCAGACGAUGAUCCAGUCUAUGUGGUGAGGUUCAAGAAGGUGUUUACCACAGACCUAGCUAAAAGGAAGGAAAGCACCAACCUCACAUGGCUGAAGAUCGCUACUGCUCUGGACCCCAGAUUUAAAGACCUGAAGUGUCUUCCCAAAGACGAAAGGCAUGAGGUGUGGACCUCAAUAAGCAGCCUGGUAAAGGAGGAGAGGCUGGCACAACAACCUUCAACAGAGACAACAGGAAAACAGCCACCAAAGAAGACCAGGAUGUCUGAGUUCUUGCUUUGUUCAUCUGAUUCAGAUUCAGAUGAUGAAGAGUCUAUAGACAAAUGUCUGAAACGCUACAAAUCAGAGCCUAAAAUCAACAUGGACCAGUGUCCACUGCAGUGGUGGUCAUCAAGAGAAAGAGCACAUGUUCUGAUGGCACGCAUAGCACGCAAGUACCUGUCCACACCUGCAACCACAGUACCUUGUGAGAGGUUGUUCUCACUCUCAGGCCACAUCGUCCAAAAGAAGAGAGCUUCCUUGUCUCCUGAUAAUGUAAACAAACUGGUCUGUCUUAGUUGCUGGCUCAAUGCAAAAGAGUAGGCAAAAUGUUGUGGUAAAAUAUGUAACAUUCUCCUUGUGUC